UGCUAAUUAUUAUGAAAAAACAAAAAGGGACCCGUAUAAAAGCAUGGUUUUUGGGGUCUUUUGAGAUUGAGCACAAUUCAUGUAUAGUGGUGUAUUUUUGUACAUGGAUGUUUAUAUUUAGUGGCCAAAUUACGAGAACCGUACGUUUGACGCAUUGCAUUGAAAUAAAGACUUAUCUGUAUACCGGUCGUCGUUUUAAUAGUAGUUUAUGUACGAGUAUCUUGCUGGUCACAUAAGCCUGGAAUUGUUGAAGCUUAUAUAGUUCUCGUAAUUGUUGUUUAAUCGAUCAGCAAUGACUCAGAAACGAAAGGGUCAAGGUAAAAAGUCGAAAAUUAAAGGCUUAUCAAAACGCGUACUUCAGCCGUCUGGCGAACAGUUAAGUCCUCCAGGUCAAGUGAGUCGAGCUAAAUCUGGAGAGAAUUCGCUUAACAAUACGAAUCAAGACAUGAUUGAAUCCGCUGAAGAUGACGGUAGCGAGCGAGCUGAAAGCGGACCGAACGUCGUCGUACAAAACAAGCAAGUUGUCGUUUCUGACGAGGCUUCGACGAGUUUGGGUUCGCCGGAGCGAGUAGCAGACGAACAGGAACAGGAGCUUGAACUUGGUCUAAGUCAGGUCGCUUCAUUUUUGAAGGAUAAUUCGGUUUUAUCGCCUCUUGCUCCUGUAUUCCAGUCCAAUUCUAAUAUCGGUAAACAAGCAGCUUCUCACGUGAACGUCACGCGGACUGCUCGUGCGUGGGAAAAGCCGACGCAAACAACAAAUUUUGAAGACAACGGGGCUGGAGUAACGAGCGCGCUUGAUUCAAAAUGGGCAGAACGGUUUCGUGAACUUGAAGAAUUGGAAAUUAAUAGAAGAGAAGAGCUGAACAAGCAGAUGAGGGAGGCAAGGCUUAAACUAGAGAAAGAAAUGCAUCAGGCGAGAAUUGAGCAUGAGAUGGCUAUGAAGAAACGGGAAAUACAACGACGUCGAGAUGAGCUUCGGAAGCUUGAAGAAGAAGUUUUUGGUAAUGAUAUUGAACAUCAACUGUCGGACAGGGAAAGUAGUAGUAACGCUCGUGAACCAGAUAAAACCCAGUCCAGCAACCUUCAACCCAAUCGACAGAAGCAGUUUAAGUCAGCGCUUGGCGAUACCUCCUACCGGAAAUUGUGUACCCCAAGAAAGUAUAAUAACCAGUGGAACUGGAUGUCAAACUCAGCAAAGCUUGCAACGAGACAAUUCGUCGCAGUUACAAUAUCUAUUAGAGAAGCAGCAGAUUACGAUGGACGAAGUAGUGAAGGGAUUAAGAAUGCCUCAAAGGGAAUACAUGAGUUUUGA